CGCUUGUUCAUCAGUUGAACUCAAGUGUCGGCAUCAUAGCAGCUGCUAUUUUAUUCAGUUUCUUUCCAGGAUUCAAGCAGUCUUCACCAUGAACACCCUGAACCAACAGUACGAGGAGAAGGUGCGUCCCUGCAUUGACCUCAUUGACUCUCUUCGCUCUCUGGGUGUAGAGAAGGACUUGGCGCUGCCUGCUAUCGCCGUGAUUGGAGACCAAAGCUCGGGGAAGAGCUCCGUGUUGGAGGCGCUGUCAGGGGUGGCUCUGCCAAGAGGGAGCGGCAUUGUGACAAGAUGUCCUCUCGAACUGAAGAUGAAGAGAAAGAAAGAAGGAGAGGAGUGGUACGGGAAGAUAAGCUACCAGGACCAUGAAGAAGAGAUAGAAGAUCCUGUACUUGUGGAGAAAAUGAUAAGAGAAGCCCAGGAAAAUUUGGCCGGGGUCGGGGUUGGGAUCAGUGAUGAUCUCAUCAGUCUGGAGAUCGCCUCUCCUGAUGUCCCAGACCUGACGCUCAUUGACCUGCCCGGCAUCACCAGGGUGGCUGUAAAGGGACAACCUGAGAACAUUGGAGACCAGAUAAAGAGACUGAUCCGGAAGUUUAUAACAAAACAAGAAACCAUCAGCUUGGUGGUUGUUCCAUCCAACGUGGACAUAGCAACCACAGAGGCUUUGAAGAUGGCACAGGAGGUGGAUCCCAAUGGAGACAGGACUUUGGGUAUCUUGACCAAGCCUGACCUGGUGGACAAAGGCACGGAAGAGUCCGUGGUGGAAAUAGUCCGUAAUGAGGUCAUCCACCUGAAGAAGGGCUACAUGAUUGUCAAGUGCAGGGGACAGAAGGAGAUCACAGAGAGGGUGUCUCUGACUGAAGCAAUAGAAAGAGAGAAAGCCUUCUUCAAUGAUCAUGUGCAUUUCCAGACUCUCUACGAUGAAGGCCAUGCCACUAUUCCUAAACUGGCUGAGAAACUCACCCUUGAGCUGGUGCAUCACAUUGAGAGAUCUCUUCCACGACUGGAAGAGCAGAUAGAGGAGAAACUAGCACAGACUCAAGCAGAGCUGGAGAGAUAUGGCAGUGGACCCCCAUCUGACCCAGCUGAAAGACUCAUCUUCCUCAUUGAUAAAGUGACAUCAUUCACACAGGAUGCCAUGAGUCUGACUACAGGAGAAGAGCUCAAGUGUGGAGACAAGCUCAAUGUCUUUUCUUCACUCAGAAGAGAGUUUGGGAAGUGGAAUGCCCACCUGGACCACUCAGGAAAUAACUUUAACAAGAGAAUUGAGAGAGAGGUGGAGGGAUAUGAAGAGAGGUACCGUGGAAGAGAACUGCCGGGCUUCAUCAACUACAAGACCUUUGAGGUCAUGGUCAAGGAGCAGAUCAAACAGCUGGAAGAACCGGCUGUCAAGAAACUCAAGGAUAUAGGCGACGUUAUUAGGAAGGUGUUCAUUCAGCUGGCCCACAGUAGCUUCAUUGGAUUUCCCAACCUCAUUAAAACAGCCAAGACAAAGAUCGAAGCCAUCAGGCAGGAAAAAGAGUCCACUGCUGAAUCCAUGCUGAGAACCCAGUUCAAGAUGGAGCUGCUUGUUUACUCUCAGGAUAGGACCUACAGCAACAGUUUGAGUGACAGGAGGAGGGAAGAGGAUGAUGAGGAAGACAAACCAAAAAGCUCAACAUUUUAUAAAGAAAGGAGUAUUAUGUACAGCAUGGAUAAUCGUGCAACACUUCAGGAGCUGAUGUUGCACCUUCAAUCAUAUUACAAAAUUGCCAGCCAGCGUCUGGCUGACCAGAUCCCGCUGGUGAUCCGCUACCAGAUGUUGCAGGAGUCUGCUGUCCAGCUGCAGAGGGGGAUGCUGCAGAUGCUUCAGGACAAGGAGAAUUUGGAGUUCUUUCUGAAGGAGGAUUGUGACAUUGGCACCCAGAGGGCUGGUUUGCAGAGUCGCCUUAAACGCCUCAUGAAGGCCCGGGCUUUCCUGGUGGAGUUCUAGCAGAGAUCAGGCAUAGGCGUUGUUUGAACUGUAACGUUGGCGGUUCCCAAAAUUCAAUUUCAUUUUUGUAAUUCCGGUUCACAAGUUUCAAAGUCUAUGGGAAUUUAAAAUUGGCUUUUAGAUGCCUGAAAUAAGGUCGUCAUUGAGUGCGGAGUUGUUUUAAAUGUACUGUCAUCAGAACUUCUGUCAUUCCAAGAGAAAAAAAAAUCAAAUGCCUGAUUUUUUAUUUGGUAAAAAUGAUCAUAGGAGUAUAUUGUCUAACUAACAUACCAUGUUUCUGUGAUAUCCCCAGUUCAAUUACUGAUUUGCUCUAGUUCAUAUGUUUGUAGUGGUUUCCUAUUAAUUGCUGGACCACUUUAAUCAAACAGGUAGUAUAUUUUUCUCCAACUCAUAUUGUGCAAAACAAUUUGACUUUAAUUGUUUGUCUUAUUUGGCUAUUCCAUCUUGCUUUUACUUGUCAAUCUAACAAUCUGUUCUCUCAAAAUAGGCAUUGUCAUUUUUUCAUUUAGGGUUACAUAUUCUUAACAUGAGCAUUUAGUGACUUUAAAGAAAGUUUUACACAACAUAAACAGAUCUAAUACUACUACAAUCACUAUGAUGCUAAUACUAUUAUGAUAAAAAUGAUAAUUACUAAAAUCCUGAUCUGUCCUCUUCUUGGACAGUAUAGCAGCAGAGCAUGAGCAGCUGCAUGUUAAGAUAGGCUGACCUGGGACCUGGUUAAAUAGAACACUACAUAUUUCUGUCCCAUGAAUUAAACUAAAAUAUUAAACACACUUCUUUCAUUUACCUUAUAGUUCUUGGUACUGACUUGUAGCAGUGUGGUUCUUGAUUGACGUUGUAAACUUUGUUGAUCAAACCUGCUCACGACUACCCCCUUGUGGCUUUGGAGAAAAUAGCAAAAACAAUUCUAGUUUGACAGCAAAGCACAAGUUGUAAUGUAAUCCCUAAUAAUUCUAGAAAUGUAUUACAGAUAUC